GAAAAAAUAAAACAAAUUAAUGAUAUUGAAGAAAGAUCAAAUAAAAUUUUGGACAAAUCUAAGGAUUUAAAAAACAAAGUUGGUAAUGCUCCUAACUUACAAAGUGUAAAAACAUUUUCAAAAGAUAUAUCGGAUCAAAAUAUUAAUUUAAACAAUAUUACGGACGAAAUAAAUAAAAUAAAAUUAGUAAUCACUACAUUAGAUGCGGAAGUUGAUAACAUAAUUAAUAUACAAAAUGACGAAAUAAUAAAUUUAGUUUAUAAUAUUAUAUUCAAAUUAAAUAAAGAAAUAAAUGAGGAGGUACAAAGAAAUUUGGAAGUACUAGAAGGAACACAAAAUAAUAUAAAAAGUUAUAACUUUGAAGAUGAUAUGAAAAAAAUUGAAAAAGAAAAUAAUAGAGAAACACUUAGAACAACAAUACAAGCCAUAAAUAAUAUCAUGAAUCAAAUUGAGGCAAAUAAAAAUAAAUUCAUAGGUAUGAGAAACGAAUCUAAUGGGCAUGUUGAUGCAUCAAAUAACCAAAAAAACAGUGAAGAAGACUCAAAAGAAAAAAAAAAAAGCAUAAAAAAAAUAUAUGAAAAGGUGAAACAAAUAUAUGAAAGACUAAAUACUGUAAAGGAAGAGUCACAAAUUUCACUAAUAGACAUAAAUGAAAAAAUAUUAGACUAUAAAAAAAUAUUAAUACGUGAUGCUAUAUCCCAAAUAACUGAUAAAAAAAAAAAAGCUGAAGAAGAUAUAGCAACUAUUGAGUUAUUUAAAAAAAAAAUUGAACAAUUAAAAGAAAAUACCGGAAAUAUAUCAGAAAGUGAAUUAAAAAGCUUUAAUUAUGAAGAUUACGUUAAUAGUAAAAUAUUAAUACGUGAUGCUAUAUCCCAAAUAACUGAUAAAAAAAAAAGAGCUGAAGAAGACAUAGCAACUAUUGAGUUAUUUAAAAAAAAAAUUGAACAGUUAAAAGAAAAUACCGGAGAUAUAUCAGAAAGUGAAUUAAAAAGCUUUAAUUAUGAACAUUACGUUAAUAGUGCCAAAGAUAGUAAUAGUAGAAUACAAAUAUUAGAACAAGAAGCUAUUUCAAUAAAUAAAAAAUUGUCCAGCAUUACAUCAGAAGAUGACAUUAAUCGUAUCAAAAUAGAUACUGAACAAAAAUUGAAAAAUUCUGAAAAAGAAAAAUGUGACAUAAACCAUGCAUUAAGUGAAAUUAAAAAUAUGGAAAAAUUGUUAAUGUCAACAAAAUUUAGUAGUAUUAUGGAAGACAUAGAAAAAAAUACUAAAAAAACUAAGCAAGAAAAAGAAAAUGUAAAAGAGCAAUUUACAUUAUCAGAAGGUACAAAGGGAGAGAUAACAACUGAUUUUAAAAAAGCAGAAGAAUUAAGAGAUUUACUUAUGAGUACUUCUGAUGAAAAUUCUAUUGAUAGGCAUAUAGAUGAUAUUAAAAUAAUUAAGGAUCGUAUCGAAGCUUAUGGAAGACAUAGAAAAAAAUACAAAAAAACUAAGCAAGAAAAAGAAAAUGUAAAAGAGCAAUUUACAUUAUCAGAAGGUACAAAGGGAGAGAUAACAACUGAUUUUAAAAAAGCAGAAGAAUUAAGAGAUUUACUUAUGAGUACUUCUGAUGAAAAUUCUAUUGAUAGGCAUAUAGAUGAAAAAAAUGAGGUUUUAAUAGUAGCUGAACAACAUAAAGAAGCUUCUAAACUGUAUUACCAUAACACAAAAAGAGGAAAAAAUAAAAUAGAUUAUUUAAAAAAUCAUGAUCAAUAUGAAGAAAAAAAAAUAACAGAAAAUGUAAUAAAUCAGAUAAAUAAUUAUGUAAAUGAAUCUGAAAGUUACUUUAAUGAAGCAGAUAUGUAUUCACAAAGAACUACCAAAAAUUAUGAACUAUUAUCACCUUAUAAAGAAAAUAUGGAUAAUCUUUUAAUGGCUGAACAACAUAAAGAAGCUUCUAAACUGUAUUACCAUAACACAAAAAGAGGAAAAAAUAAAAUAGAUUAUUUAAAAAAUCAUGAUCAACAUGAAGAAAAAAAAAUAACAGAAAAUGUAAUAAAUCAGGUAAAUAUUUAUGUAAAUGAAUCUGAAAGUUACUUUAAUGAAGCAGAUAUGUAUUCACAAGGAACUACCAAAAACUAUGAACUAUUAUCACCUUAUAAAGAAAAUAUGGAUAAUCUGUUAAAUGAAUCUUUGAUUAUAGCAGAAAAAAUAAAAAUUGAAAUGAAAAAAAAAAAUUUAAAUGAUAUAAGAAAACAAAUUCAAGAUGAUUAUUACAAUAUUCAAAGACUAAUAGAAAAAUUAAAAGAGAAAUUAAAUAUGUUGAAAGGAACAGAUUCUAAUAUAAAAGAAAAAGAAGAAGCUAAUAAUGAAAAAUCUAAAGAUGUAUUAUCUCGAAUACAAAUUAUAAGAACAAAUGUUACUAACGAUCUAUUUGAAAUAGAAAUGAUAAAACAGAAUGCUCUUGAUAUAUUCAAUGAUUCUGAAAUUGAUGUAGAAUCAAUGUCAAUAAAAUAUGAAACAAAUGAAGAAAAUUUAUUAGAUAAGUUAAGAAUAGAACAAAGAAAUUUAAAAAAUAUUACGGAAAUUUUAAAAAAAUUUGAAGAUCUAAAAAUUAUUUUGAGAAAUGAAAUAAAUAGAUUAAAAACUAUAGAUACUAGGGCUAACGGUAUGGAAAGUGAAAUGAAAAUACUUAAAAAAAAAUAUGAAGAAGGGAUAUUAGAAGAAAUAAAGAAAAUAGCUGACAAAGAGAAACAUAGUAUUACAUCCAUAAAAAAAUCAGUAAAUUUAAAUAUAGAAACUUCUGUCUCAUUUUUUUUAAAUUCCUUAUUAAAAGAAAAUGAUAUCACAAAAAAACAUGAAGCUUCUAAAAGAAAAAUGAAUGAAAUAAGUGAUGCGUUUGAUAAAUCAUAUAAUGCAAUAGAAAAUUAUAUGCUAAAUAUUUUAGAAAAUUCUACAACAUAUGAAAAAGCGAAAGAGCAAAAAGAAAGAGCAAAAACAGAAAAAGAAAAUCUCAUUGAAAAAAGGAAGGAAAUGAAAAAUUUGUUAGAUAAUAUUAAGGAGACUAAUAAAAACGAGACUAUGAAGUUAAUAUCUUACUUGAAGGAAGAGUUAAACAAAAUAAAUGAAAAAUCUAAGGAAGAGUAUUUAGGUGUUAAAAAUAAUCUAGAUGAUAUUAAAAUUAUUGGUGAAAAUAUUAAAAAUAUAGAUGAUCCAGUUACUGCACUGAGUGAAUUAAAUAUAGCGAAAAAUAAAGACAAUGAAAUAAAAACAAGAAAAGAUAGAUAUUCCUUUUACAAAAGUGAGGUAGAUGUAAUUUAUAAUGGAAUCGUUGAAGCAGUAAAUUUUCUAAACACAUUUAUUGAAACAGAAUCAAGACACCAAGAGAUCAUAAAUGAUAUGAAAGAGAUUAUUGAGAGCAUGUUAAAAUUUUUAGAUGACAUAAAUAAAAAAGAAAAAGAAAGUGAACUCAUCAUUAUCGAAGCUAGUUUAAUUUAUGAACAAAUUAAAUUUAAGGAUGAACUUAAGAAAAAAAUUAAAGAAGAAAAUAACGAAGCCGAUAAUAUUUUGUCUAAAAUACAAGAAGUUUAUGAGAAGAUUAAAAAAAUAAAGGAAAUAAAUGUUGAUAUUGAAAAAUAUAAUGAAACUUUAACAGACCACAAAAACAAUCAUGAUUUUAAAGAAUUAAUGGAUUCAUAUAAAGAAAAAUUAAGUAGAAUGAAAAACAAAUUAGAAAUAGACACAAUAAAAAGUGAAAUUCAUAAUAUUAAAGAUUCCUUAAAUAAUUUAGAAGAAAGUCUUGGAAAGUUACAAAAAGAUACAUCUGCCACUACAUAUCUAGAAAAAAUAGAGCAUGACAUUGAUGUAAUAACGAAUAAAUUAAAUAACACACAUGAAAAUAUUUCAGAAAUUAAUACUUCUUUUGAUGAAUUAUUAGAAUUAGGACAAAAUUGCAGAUUAUCUUUAAAAUCUUUAAUUGUUACAAUAAUUAAUGUUGAAAUAUCAGAAGGUAUAUUAUUUAUUCAAAAAAAAGAAAAAGACGCUACUUCACAUGUUGAAUAUAUCAAAAAUAGUUAUGAUGCACUAACUAAAGAUAUUAAUACAUUAAAUAAUGAUUAUGCUCAAAAUAUCAUAAGAGAUUAUAAAUCAGAAUAUGUUCAGAAAUCACAGCAAUAUUUGGAUGAAUUUAAAAAAAAAGAACAAGAAACUAUGGGUACAAUUGAUGAUAUAAAAAAAGAACUUUCAUCAUUUAAUGAAAUAAAUGAUACAGAGAAUACAAAUGAAAAAUUACAAAAGAUAAAACACCUUCAUGAAAAAUUCAAAAAUGAAAUAAAAGAUAUAAAUAAUAUUUACAAUAAUAUUUGCAAUAUUAAAUUAAAAGAAAUAGAAAGCAUUUCUAAAAAAUUUCUUGAGAUAGCUGAUUCGCAUAAAAAUAUGAUAAAUGAUCAAAAGCAAAUUCUACUAGAGUACAGUAAGAACCUAAAGAGAAUUGAAGAUUAUUUAUCAAAAAAAGAACAAGAAUUAAUACUUAUAAAGCCUAGUGAUGAAGAAGAGGUUAUACAAGAAACUAAUAAAAUUUUUGAAGGUAUUACGAAUAAUAUCAAAGAAUUAAGCACUUUAGAAAAUGAAAAUAAUAAUAAAAAAAAAAAUAUGGUCAUAUAUACAGAGAAAAUUUUAUAUUUAACAGAAAGAUCAAAAUCUAUUUUAAAAGAUUUAGAAUUAUAUCAAUAUGAAAAAGAUAAUAAUCUAUCAGAAAAUGAAAAUGAGGAACUACUAAAUAAAGUAAUUGAAUAUAAAGAAACAAUUAAAAAAGAAAAUAUUGAAUUAAAAAAUGAAUUUUCAAUUAUAUUAAAUAAUGUAGAACAAAAUAAAGAAAUUGUACUUUCCAACGAAAAAAUUAUUCUUUCAAUUAAUGAUAUUUUAAAAAAAUUAAAUAAAAUAAAAGGAGAAUUUGAAAAAGAAUUAAUCAAAAUAGAAAAGAAAAAUCAACUAAAAAAAGAAAUAUCAAAUGAAGAUAGAAGAAUAAUAAAUCAAGAUAAAAUACAGCAAUUAAAUUAUAAAAGUAUAUCAACACCUAGCAAUACUAAAAGUAAUUCUCAAUAUGAUAAAGAUAAACAGAAAUCAGGAAAAAAAAAUGAAUCUAAUAAUCCAAUAACAAAAUUAGCAGGAGGUAUAUUAGGUAGCUUGCUAGCAUUUUCUUUUGCCUAUUUAGUUAUUUUCUUUAAAAAUAAAAAUAAGGAAGAUGAUAUUGAAACAAGUGAUACUGCUAGAGAAUUUGAAGAUGGAAAUUCAUUAAGUUAUGAAAAUACGAAUGAAGAAGUUAUUGAAGUAUCCUUUUUUAGAGGUGAAAGCCUUUAG